AUGGGGGAGGAGGGUAGCCCCAACCCCGGAACCAGCGUCGAAGCAGAUUUCAAGUUCCAGAAUGUGAACCCUGGUGGUCCUUUGGGUCCUCCGCAUGCUGGUCCCAUUUCCAAUGACCAUGCGGGGGACCGUUCCGCGUCCUCCAAAAACCGGUCUUCUAGACCGGCCCAGCAAUCCGGUUCCAGGAAUUUCGAGUUUGUCCUAGUCACCGAUAAUGAGUCCCGGCGCCAGGUCCGCCGGCAUGCCAUGCGCCAGUACAUGCAUCAACGGCGCUUGGACAGCAUCGCUCGACUGGGGACAGCUCGUGUACCUGUCGGUGGCUGGACCUCUCGCUCUUUAUCUGAUAGCCAGGCAUCCGAGACCUCUCCUGUAGAAGAAAUUCAGGAUGAGCCUGCUACUAAGUCCGAAAAGGGCUCCCCGAGUAGCGAGGAGGACCGACCCAUCCCAGAGAAGCCGAAGGGUCCAUCGCGAUUGCUCAUCCCUAAAUUACAUAAGGUCAAACGCGAGGAAGCAUCUUCUUCACCUGCUCCCCACAAACCUAAACCUAAGGCUUUAGAUCUUCAAUCUACUCCCGGGGAAGGACCAGUUCGAGACCCCUUUAGCUGUUAUCCAAUCCCUGUUAGCCAUACAGACCAUGAAUUGAUCCAACAUUUUGUGGUGACGUACCCGUCUAUGAUGUAUAAGUUCGCCAACUCGAUUGCAAAUAAUCCCAUGAUGGAAAUAUUCCGGCAAUUUGCACUACAUGAUGGCCUACCAUUCCAGGCCAUGCUCGCUAUUGCUUCGAAACACCGCGCGGGCGUCGAAGGCAAAACAGAGUCCGUCCAAAGUCUGACCCAUAAGAUGCGAGCGCUGCGGUUAAUGAACGAGCGCAUCCAAAUGGACUCUACUGGGCAGUAUGAUGGAACCAUCUAUGCUGUAGCCACAAUGGCUGUCAUCGAGAAAUGGUCCAAGGAUGCGUCCAUAGAGCGGAUGCAUUUCAGAGGAUUGGCUUCAAUGAUUCGAAGUCGAGGAGGGAUGCAAGGCAUGCGGUUCUCCAGUCCCUUCCUAGAGAAAGUGCUGUAUUGGGUGGAUUUCAGUUGCGCCUCAAAAGCGAUCGUCAGCACCUCUUUGCCCUGGACUGGGUCUAUCUUGGAGACUCCACCCCUCGAAUUUGUCGAUCCGACUGUACAUCUCGCAGUCCUCCACGACUCGGCCACUGCAGAAGACUCCGAAAGUCUUUGCGAACUGUUCCGCGCCUGUGAAGACUUCUUACGAUUUUUUCGUCGUCUCCGUGAACUAGAACGCCUGGCCCUGGAUGCUCAUUGCACUCUAGUACCAAAUACCACCCCUCGACGCGCCAAAUAUUUCAGCCCAGGCACGCCACUCUAUACGAUCCUCACUAUGCUUCCCGAUUAUGAUCACGGGAUCCGGGAUAUCCGCUUCAUCGACGAAUACACCUGCAUGGCUUGUCUCUUCUUCCUCGCCAUGGCACUCUACGACUGUUACCUGAACUCAACCUGCCUCGAUAGCUACCUGGACUGGCUAAGUAAGGAGAUCAAGAAAAUCAACCCCUUCACCAACCCCAGCAUCACCUCCGUGCUCUGGCUCUUCCUCAACAACGGCGGCUUUCCCCCAAACGACCCCGGAGAUACGGGCUCCCGGUGCUGGAUCGUUUCACGCAUGGUACGAAUUGCCAAGCGUCUCGAAUGGAAACGCCAUGGCACCAUCUGGGACCGCCUCCGCCAAGUCCUCAUCGACUUCAUUGUCACCCAACAAGAGUGCGCCCUCGGAUCCCACCACAUCGAUUCCGACGCCCUCGCAGCCCGCGAACAAAAACGCCUUCGCGACCAAGACUCCCCCGAUUACUUCUGGAAUGAAGCCCAGAUGCGCGAAGAUAUCCUGAAUCUUACCCUAUCCUCUGUUACGACCCCCAGCGUGGGAGAUAUGAAUAUGCCUGUUUUCACGUAA